AUGUCCGCCGCGGCGAGGCCGAGGCGUCGCCGUCGCUCGCUGCUCGCCGCGAUCGCCCGCUGCUGCUGCUGCUGGCUGCUGCUGAUCGGCGAGUGCGCCGGCCAGAAGCCGAUCAACCUCGGCGGCAGCAAGAAGCGCGACGUCUACAUCGCCGGCUUCUUCCCGUACGGCACCCACGUGCCGGAGGGCCACAUCGGCCGCGGCGUCAUGCCCGCGGUCAAGCUCGCGGUGGAGCACAUCAACGAGCACCCGACGAUACUCAGGGACUAUCGGCUGCACAUGUGGUGGAACGACACGGAGGUGAGAUCCCCCGGCGCUAGUUAGCCAAUCCCUAAAUGCCAAUUUAUCUUCUCUUCCACUUUUUCAAUAAGGAUGCGAGCUCCUCUCCCGGGCGCAAUGCUAUACGCUCUUUCUCCUUUCUUUUUCCAAUUAUCCACCUUGUACAUUGUUCAACGUAGAUUCUUUUUCAUUAUUAUUUCAUUACGGACCUGCCCGAGUCUUUUGUCGAGUCGCCGUUAUCGCACAAGGCUCGUUAAAGAUUAAUCAAUUAUUACCUCGCUUACAGCGCCUUUCGUCACUGUUCAAAUACACUUUUUAAUCUUGUCCGAAGAUUAAUAAUUCACCGCAAUUCCCAAUCGUUGAAUAAAUAAUCAUGUUUGACAGUAAUAAUGUGGGCUUGUGCGAGCCACUAAAGACUCCAAGACGCCCGGCCGCGAAACUGAAAUAACGCGUUCAAUCGAAAAUUCAUUAAUUAUUACGAGAUUUCGAUAUUUAUGUUUUCUCCCGUCAUUCUACAGCUGUAUUUCUCAAU